AUGAAGGCUAAACAGAAAAAGAAUAAGAAAAAUACAAGAUGCAAGCAGGGCACAAAGGAUCUUGGCGAUGAAGGCCUGGAUGUCGCUAGUGCAGGAUAUGGCCUAGAUCACAUUGCAGUUGUUGAAAUUCUCAAAACUAUUAAAUCUAUAAAUGGAUUUGCCAUUGCUAUUGUUCUAAAGCCUUUCAGCUUUGAAGGACAAAGGCGCAUUGACGAGGUAAAAGGUUUGGUAGCAAAACUUCAAGAUCACAUAAAUCUUUGUAUUGAUAUUGAAGCUGACAGACUACUUGAAAAGGACUUGGUUACCCUAGAUGAGGCUUUAAACACUGCAAAUGAUGCUGUUUUGUUGGCUAUAAAUGUCGUCUCUGUUCUAACAUCUGAUUUGCAGAGAAAGCUAAUUGAUGUACCACAUAAUGAUGUGAGGGAACUCAAAGUUUCAGAAGUUUUAAAAAUUCUGGGAAACUUCAAAGAAGCUAAAAUUGGAUUUGGAGCUGGUUCCCACAUCAAAACUUCAAUUUUGCAAGCUAUAUAUGACUGCCCUUUCAUUGGUGCUGGUUUAAAGGAAUUGAAUGGCAUGGUGAUAUGCAUCGUUGCAAGUUCAGAGCUUAUUGAUGAGGAUGAUAUACUAGGCUAUUUGCAUACUUUCCGUCAAACUAUUGAAUACACAAGGGAAAUCAUUAUAUCUUCUGUUCAUGAACCUAAUCUGGAGUCCAACCUGCUAAUAACAACAGUUGUUACACUAGGUUCUCUUGAACAGCAGGCCUCGCACAAAAGCAGCAUUUUAUCUAGAUUGGCUCUUCAUUUUCCCUUUGUUUCUAAUUUAUGGCGGAGAUCCCAUCCAAAAGCAAACAAUACUCAAGGAAAAAAUGCAAUUGAGGAUGCAUGCCUUCCUAAAGUGAUUAGUUCACCAGAACCUGGUGAAAUGGAAAAUAUUAUUGCUGUCAUGGAAAGAUUUAACUACUCUGAAGAAGCACAGACAGUAUUGGGCAAUGACAACUAUAAUGAUUCCAGUGUGUCUGGACAAAGCAAAGCUGAAUUAUUUGAUCCCAGGACUGAGCCUUCCAACUUCUAUGAUCAAAUUACGGAAGGAACUCCUUCCUUCCAAAGAGAACCGCUCGAUGGUUGGAACUUGGGACCUGGAUAUCGGACUGCACAAAAGUGGGCUAGAGAAAGGGCAGCUGACUCUGGGUCUACCUCAACACUUGAUAACCUGAGUAUCUUCUGCCUUCCUGUUGGUGUAAGACUGUCAGAGGAGUUUAAAGACAGGGCCAGUAUAUUAAAUAUUUCAAAACUGCAAGAGCCAAAGACUGGAGAUGAUGUUAAAGCACUACCACUAGUUAGGGACUUAUAUAGCACCGCCUCUUCCCUUUUGAAGGGAAGAACUGCUGAUGGUCAAAAGAAAAAAGGAGGCCUUUCGAGUCGUGCAGCAUCUAUGCUGGAGGCUGAACGUGAUUCACCAAAAAAGUGGACUCCUGUGAUAGAGAUGCAGUACAGAGGANGUAAAAGAAUUAAAUGCCAGAUUUUGGAGCAGGGUUGUUUGAUCCUUGUUAAUGGAAGCAUAUAUGAUGGUAUGUGGCGUUAUGGUAAGAAAUCAGGUCUGGGUACAUAUUACUUCAGUAAUGGAGAUGUAUUUCAGGGUUCAUGGAGAGAUGAUGUCAUGCAUGGAAAGGGUUGGUUCUAUUUCCACACUGGGGAUCGAUGGUUUGCAAACUUCUGGAAGGGGAAGGCCAAUGGUGAGGGCCGCUUCUAUUCAAAGUCUGGUGAUGUGUUUUUUGGUCAUUUCCAAGAUGGAUGGCGACAUGGCCACUUCCUUUGCAUCGAUGUUGCUGGAGAAAGAUGCAUUGAAAUAUGGGAUGAAGGUGUUCUUGUAAGCCGUAAGCAGUUAGACUCUAAUACUCCUGCUGAAUGA